UUUCAAUGCGUUUGGCGUAAACUUCGUCUAGUCGGGUCUCAAUGACCACCAUGUUGAUUUGCUCAAUCUUUAUGCCCUAUCGUUUUGAUUGGAAUUAUUCCCAUUUAUAGUUGUCUUCUUUGCUCGAAGCUUCUUUCCCUCCUUUUCUACUUCAGACCCCGCGUAUUGCCACCAGGCACACCCCCAAAUACCGGAAACUCUACACAACAUAUUAUCUAAUAUUCAAGUCGAUUGCUGUCAAUGCCAUCGUCGAAUACACCUCCUUCGAACUGGGAUUUCACUCCGGUGAUUAAUCUACUUUGCUCGCCGACUUAUACCAGCGGCGACCGCUCCAUCCCUGCUCUCCACCAUGACUCCGACCAAGAGCCAUCCACUUCCGAGGUUGCUGCCCAAAGUGUAAAUGGCUCGACACCUGGUCAGAAGCUUGAGAACGGUGGGCCCCCGAAGCUCGGUGAUUUUAGUGCUCUGUGGGAUAUCCUCGGCAACACCACGCCUCCUGUCGGCGCAGAAGCUGGACUUCGUCAAACGACCAAGGAUAACGUGGUCGAACAACCUCCACAGCAGCCCAAGCGGAUUCAAAUACUAAAGCGCCCCUCUCAUGGGGUUAACAAUCUUGACGAUCUUGAAAAGGCGCUUCCACGAACACCUCCUCGGCCGAUUCUUGUCUCGGAUAAGUCCAAAUCCCGCAGGGCUACCAUUGAGUGUCGCACGGUGAAAUCCCGUGAUCAGCCAAGGCAACCGGUUGACGAACCUCAGUUAUCCGAAAGUACUGCGGAAGCUGAAUCAGACAACCCCAGCAUCUUUGAACCGUCUUACUCGAAACGGGGCGUUGUUUCCUUGGUCCCGCCACAGGUGGGCAUAGCGGAGGCCUUGAGUGAACCAUCCGAAACCCCACCAUCUUCGUUUGAUGAAGCCGAUGGGGCGUUAACCCCCAUCGCUACUCAAAAUCUGCCCGGUGGUGCCAUUCGUGUGCGACCCAUUGCGUACAAGUCGGCGACCGACCGGCGAGUCGGUCUCUUAACCAAGCUGUUGAAGGAUUUUCCCGAUUAUGCGGAUGCUGUAAUUCAAGUAGGAAGGCUCGGGAAGUCAAGGCCUGUGCCUUCUCCCACAUGUCGCCCCAUCCAUGUCUUUGUCGAUAUGUCUAAUAUCAUGGUUGGAUAUCACGACUCGAUGAAAGUAUCUCGAAACAUUCCCGUGAAAACGCGGAUCCGCCGUUUGCCCCUGUCAUUCCAGAACUUCUCGUUAGUCUUAGAACGUGGUCGGCCAACUGCCAAGAGAGUCUUGGUGGGCUCCGACCGCUUCGCUGCGAUCGACGAAGGCGAGAAGCUCGGCUACGAGACGAAUAUUCUAGACCGCGUGCAUAAGGUGAAACAACCUACUCGUCGUCAGCUGAAAUUUCGCAAAAAUCCACGGACGGGUGCUCAGGAUGGCGGCAGUGGUUCUGAAACGAACGACGCGCCAGGAGAGCGAUGGGUCGAGCAAGGUGUGGACGAAAUUCUACACCUGAAGAUCUUGGAAAGCCUGUUGGAUACGGAUGAACCAGCGACAAUUGUUUUAGCUACGGGAGAUGCGGCGGAAGCUGAAUUCUCCGGAGGAUUCAUGAAGAUGGUGGAGCGCGCGCUGCGGCGUGGGUGGACGGUGGAACUGGUGAGCUUCUCCCAGGUCACCAGCUUUGCCUAUCGUAAGAAAGAGUUCCGCUCGAAGUGGGGGAAUCAAUUCAAGAUGAUCGCCCUAGACGGGUAUAUUGAAGAACUACUGGACAUGUGAAUGGGUGGAAGGAUGGUCUGGAAUCAGAGACACAUUUAACCUUCUUGAUGCUUGAGCUUACUGUCCUAGGGCUUUUAGAUAGUGGGGCAAUCAGGGGCUUAUAUCCAAUCCGCAUGGUUUUAUUCGAUCCAACUUGGCAUUUAUUUUCUCCUACA